GAUGGAAGACGGGAGGGACCUGAACUCCUCAACGAUAUCCUUCAUUGAAUCCAGCCAGGAGGACUGCGACCGAUGCAGCCAUUUCUUCAAGAGGAACGGCCUAAGCACCAGCUGUGAAGCCGAUGUAUCAGCCAUCGAAUGCCAGUGUGAUCUGACGCCGGGCAGUCUGGAGAUCUGGGUGGAUCUUCCGGAUGAGAUCAAGUACGAUGCAUCGCUGGCACCCUUCAAGAGGCUGUACGAGCAGCAGCAUGGCAAAUUGGAAACACCAAUCGAGGGUGAUGAGGGACACAACCUAUUCGACAAGAAGAUUGCGGAUCUCAGAACUGAAGAGAACGAAGCGCAGAACCUCCAGAAUAUGCUCAAGGACAGUGGGAGUAGGUUGAUGGAUCCUCUAAAUACGAAGGCAGAAAAGAAAAUUAAAUCAGAAAGGAAGAAACAGGUGCAAUUCAUAGCUCGUAUCUUCAAGCUAUCGGCGCUGGUCGGCUGCUGGCUGCUGCUGACUGUUUCUCUCAUCAUGAAUAGGGAGAAGCUGGAUGUGGUCCUCCAUACCGCUGUUAAAGAGGGAGAAAUAAAAGAAUACGCCCUGCAGCCUACACUCCAGAAGGCGCUGGUAGCCAUCACCCUCACUGGACCCUUCAGCCAGAGCAGACGGAACGAGAGCGAACACCUACUCUAUAUCUGGCUGCAUAGGGAGUCUGAAGUCUUAGGAUUGGAGCAGAACUCCACGAUUUGGGCCGUCCAUCUUCAGUCCGAAGAUGUUCUGGACUUUUCACCAAGCAUCACGGAGUCCAAAACCCUCGCACUAGAGCAAAGUCAACUGAAACCACCGGUUUUUAGUCUGGAUAACAGCAGCGACCUCGACCUGUUAUCGUGGGACCAAAUUGAAAAUAAUGGUACAACAGUGACUCUGCGUAUGGCGACAACCAGCAACUGCACGGUUCCUCUCACAGUGAGCUACCAAAUGAACCCUCUGGAUGAGAGAGAUGGGAUCAUAUACUCCACAAUUCUGCUGGCUUCUUUAUAUCUUCUUAUUAUUUUUGAGAUAGUGAACCGGACCAUCGCAGCACUUCUCUCCUCGUCUCUCGGAGUAGCAGUUCUGGCUCUCAGCGGUGCCCGACCUUCCUUGUCUGAGCUGGUCUCUUGGCUGGAUGUGGAGACCCUGCUAUUGCUCUUUAGCAUGAUGCUCCUGGUCGCUAUACUGGCAGAAACUGGGCUGUUCGAUUACCUGGCUGUGGUAGCCUUUGAGGUGACAGGAGGAAGGACGUGGCCAUUGAUAAAUUGCCUAUGCUUCUUCACUGCCUUCUUCUCCACGUUUCUCGACAACGUCACCACGGUUCUUCUCAUGACACCAGUCACUAUAAGGUUGUGCGAGGUGAUGCAGCUGAACCCUGUGCCGGUUCUGAUGUCGAUGGUGAUCUUCAGCAACGUGGGCGGCGCAGCCACGCCGGUGGGCGACCCGCCCAACGUCAUCAUAGCCAGCCACCCCUCCAUGCUGGAGCAAAACAUAAACUUCACGACGUUCACGCUACACAUGGGCGUGGGAAUCCUCCUGGUGUGCGUGCAGACUUACUUCCAGCUGCGGUUCAUGUUCCGGGAUAUGAACAAGCUGAGGCACAGCGUCCCUAGGGAUAUAUUAGAGUUGCGGCAAGAGAUAGCAGUAUGGCGGAGGGCCGCAGCCUCCCUCUCCUCGUACUCCAGAGACGAAGACCUGGUCCGGAGAGCGCUAGAGAAAAAGGUCAAUAAGCUAAACAGUGCACUACUGAGGAGGGAGGCUGGAGGGGGCACCUCUAAGACAGACCCUAUGUUCUGUUCCACUCUUGCGCAGAUGAAGCAAAAGUACAAAAUCAGGGACAAGCAACUGCUGGUGAAGUCCGCCAUUUGCGUGAUGUUCGUAGUUGUUGUUUUCUUCUUACACGCUAUCCCCGAAUUGCAGCGUCUCUCGCUCGGCUGGACAGCUCUCCUCGGGGCUCUCUUACUGCUUCUCCUGGCGGAGAGGGAGGAUCUGGAGCCUAUUCUGGCGCGGGUGGAGUGGUCCACACUCCUGUUCUUUGCGGCUCUCUUUGUGUUGAUGGAAGCUCUCUCCAAGCUGGGUCUGAUCGCAUGGAUCGGCAAGAUGACUGAAGCCGUCAUCCUGAGCGUCGGGCAGGAGUCCCGCCUGGCUGUCGCCGUCAUGCUGGUGCUUUGGGUGUCAGGGAUAGCAUCAGCGUUCGUGGACAACAUUCCCCUGACGACCAUGAUGGUGCGAGUCAUGGCUACUCUAGCUGAUCCCAACGGGCUGGGGCUCCCUCUGGCGCCUUUGGCCUGGUCGCUGAGCUUCGGGGCCUGUCUUGGAGGUAACGGCACCCUCAUAGGCGCUAGUGCGAACGUUGUUUGCGCAGGCGUGGCCGAGCAACAUGGCUACCGGUUCACGUUCGUCCAAUACCUUAAAGUAGGGUUCCCCAUCAUGAUUGGAAACCUUUUAGUCGCGUCAGUGUACUUGCUGAUAUGUCAUUGUGCUUUCACGUGGCACUGAUAUUGACUUACUUGACAUAAGGUCCUAAUGUCCCCUAGAUGGGGCAGAGGGCGUCCACAACAGUCCUCCAUCGCGUUCGGUCUUGAGCUUCGCGCUUGAUCUCGCUCCAGGUCUUGCCGAUUUUCUUCGCCUCGGCACUGAUAUUAGAUAUUCAAUGGCCGAGGCGUGCACGUGGGCCCCAAAUUCAAGGGCCCCCUAUCCAGAAAUAUCACACCUCCACAAACAUUAUGAGGUCUCACAGUGCGCAUGGACGCACAGGGUCCCAAAAACUAUUGAAAAACAAUACUUGAGUGGCGGACACACGAACCAAUCGCAGAGCUCUAUUCGACGCGUGCGUUUGACUUUGCAUAGCGUUGCUGCGUCACUUAAUCAAGGAUCGUUUGUGAAUACGGGUGUAAAACUAUAAAGGCCCUUUCCCGCGACAAUCCAGUAUUGCCGGGUCACGCAAAACUGGACUGUCGUGUGAACACAGUUUUGCGGGACACUGCAAACGGGAUGUUUGCGUGAACGUUAAUAUUAACACUCGUAUACCGCUGUGACGAUACUGUGUCAGUAUGACUCCAUAUGUGUAAAUCAACCUUUAGAGAUGUUUUGUAAAAUAUUUUGAUAUAUUUUAAUAAAUUGUAGAAUA